CAGUGAGGAGGAUGGCGGCAGCAACCAGACUCACCCUCCUGCUGCUGCUGGGCUGCCUGGGGCUGCUGCAGCCAGCUGGCAGCCGGUACAUUGACUACUGCCCCAAGGGCUGGUCCUACUACAAGCUGAGCUGCUUCAGGUACUUCUAUCAGCUCCAGAGCUGGGACGAGGCUGAGAGGCAGUGCCAGGCCAGCCACACUGGUGGCCACCUGGCCUGGGUGGAGGAGCCCCGGGAGGCCAUCACCCUGCAGAGGGCCAUCUCCUACUACCAGCGCGUGCGGCCCGUCUGGCUCGGCCUCCACUUCAAGCCUGAGAGCCAGGCCUGGCACUGGGUGAGCGGGGACAAGUACAGUGUGGACAGUGGGCUGGCUGGGAACGGUGCCCGUGGCGGGAGCUGCGGUUUGCUGACCCCGCUCAGCGGCUUCACCGUGUGGUCCAGUGCCAACUGCACCCAGCAGCAUCACUACAUCUGCAAGUUCACCCCCUCGUACUGAGCACAGCCC